UCAGCCAAUUAGAAGGCGAGAGGGGCGGGGUGUAAGGUUUGCGCGCCGCAUGCAGAUUGCAGAAGCGAUGGAGAGCGAAGAGGAGGCGACGGGGUUCCGCAAGGAGAUCGUCUCCAAGUUGCUGCAUUUGUAUGUGGAGGACGGCAAGACGAAAGUUGGUUCCGAUGCCUUAUUAGUAAUGGCCGAGUUUCUGAAAAUAUUUGUCAAUGAGGCGGCGGCUCGCGCGGCACGUCAGGCCAAGUCAGAAGACUUGCAGGUGGUGGAUAUAGAACACGUGGAGAAGAUCCUUCCGCAAUUGCUCCUGGACUUCUAGAGGAGAAUUCCGGAGGAGAAUAUUUCUUGUGUUCUUGUGUUCUACAAUCUGCUCUGCCCAAUCGCCGUACAGAACAGACGUCUCUGCUGUCACCAAGGGGUUCGCCGCCUGUUUAGUACGGAUAGAAACGUCUUCAUUUCUGUUGUUUUUGUAUGGAAGCACAGUUACAAUAAAAGUAAA